UAAAAUAUAGAAACAAAAGACUCCUUAUAUUAUUUUUCUUCUGUUUUUUCGGACGGAUAUUUUUCUUUUCAGUUGCGUUGCAUCUUCUCUUGUCCUUUUUAUCCCUGGAAUUUACUUUCCCAUCAAGGGUAUAGAUUGUAUCACUCGAGUCUCUCUCUACCAAAACAAAGUCAGCCCUCAGAACACACAGCUGGUUUGUAAUUUAUUUUAUUAGCACUCAUUUCGCCACAAAUUUUAAUUUGAUUGGUAUCGUUUUCGUUAGUUUAAUGCAUAAAAGAAUCUUUGAACCUGUCAGUAUCCAUCUAAGGUUGUCAUCUAGUUCAAACCAGCUUGUGUUUUGCCAGAUUUGCACACAGUAACUGUUUUCCUCUAUUUUGCAUAAUAGAGAAAAAACUGUUCUUGAACUCUGAUAGAAGGGUUCAUCAGAUUUGUUUUUGCUUUGUGCUCAGGAAUUGCACAUCGCUCACUUGAUCUUAAAGGUGACAUCUUUUCACUUCCUCAAUUCUCUUCCUGGGUUUUCAUUUAAUUUCUGGUUUUUUAUUAGUUGAAUCUCUAUAUUGCUUUUCCUGUUUAAGAACCCAGAUCAUUUUGGUCCCAAAUAAGCUCAACCAAACCUAAUCUCUUGGUUCCUCAGUAAAUUUCCCAACUUUUUGAUGAUGGGUUAUAGGAAAUUUGAUCUGUUCAUCUGGGUUUUGUCAGUCUUGUGUUUGGGAUGGUUGUGUACUGGAUUUAAUCCUGCUGACAAUUACCUUAUAGACUGUGGAUCGCCUGCCAAUACUUCAGUGGGUGACCGUGUCUAUGUAGCAGAUAAUUUGGCUUCAAAAUUUCUUUCAACCCCAAAAGAUGUUGUUGCCAAUAUUUCUUUGAAAUCAAUCACUCCCUUUGACGAUUCGCCACUGUAUCUAACGGCAAGAAUCUUUACUGAAUCCUCAAAGUACACCUUUUCCAUAAGCCAGAGUGGGAGACACUGGAUCCGCCUUUACUUCUAUCCAUUUGUUUAUGGUGGUUACGAUUUGAGCAAAGCGAAGUUCUCUGUUUCCACCCAAAACCAUGUUCUCCUUGGUGAUUUCAGUGUUCAAAACGCUUCUCUUGUCAAAGAAUUUUCAGUAAAUGUAACUUCAGAUAGCCUUGUUAUUACCUUCACCCCUUCCAAGAAUUCAUUUGCAUUCUUAAAUGCCAUAGAAGUUGUUUCAGUCCCCGACCAACUGAUCACUGAUGAUGCCUACACUGGGUCAGUGAAAUUCCAGGGUUUGACGACUCAGGCUUUGGAGACAUCUUGGAGGGUGAAUAUGGGUGGACCAACAGUGUCCUUUGAGAAUGAUACCCUCUGGAGAACUUGGGUUCCUGAUCAAAGUUUUCUAGUAAAUGCGAACCUUGCCAAAGAUGUCUCAAAUAUUGCAGCUGUUAACUAUGAUGUGGGUUCGGCAUUGGCAACCAAGGAUAUUGCUCCACAAACUGUCUAUGGAACCCUCACUGAGAUGAAAUCCGCGGAUGAUCCCAACAGCAAUUUCAAUGUGAGCUGGGAGUUCACAGUGGAUCCAGGAUUUCAGUACCUUGUUCGGUUUCACUUUUGUGAUGUAGUAAGUAAAUCUCUCUAUCAGCUGUACUUCAAUGUAUAUCUUGACUCUUUGAUUGUUGCUCGAGAUCUUGAUCUGAGUACUUUAGCAACUAAUAAGUUGGCUGUGCCAUAUUACAUGGAUUAUGUCACAACAUCUGCUGCUGUCAGCAAUAAGCUCCGUAUUAGUAUUGGCCCUUCCCCUUUAAAUAAUGCUUAUCCCAAUGCCAUUCUAAAUGGGCUUGAGAUUAUGAAAAUGAACAAUUCAGCAGGCAGCCUCAGUGGAGCAAACUCUCUAGUUCCUUCUUCAAAUUCAAGUUCAAAAGGUAACGUCGGAGUAAUAGUAGGUGCCAGCGUUGGGUCAUUUAUUGCAGUGGUAUUGGCUGCGAUUCUCUUUGUUUUUUGCAGAAGAAGGAAAAGACUGGCAGACCAGGGCCAUUCUAAGACAUGGCUUCCCUUUUCCAUUAAUGGAACCAAUUCUCACACCAUGGGAAGUAAAUACUCAUAUGGAACAACUGCUAGUGCUGCUUCUAACUAUAGCUAUCGUUUUCCUUUUGGGGUUGUACAAGAGGCUACAAAUAACUUUGAUGAGAGUUGGGUUAUUGGAAUCGGUGGUUUUGGGAAGGUAUACAAAGGAGUCUUAAAUGAUGGAACUAAAGUGGCUGUCAAGAGGGGAAAUCCACGGUCUCAACAGGGACUUGCAGAGUUCAGGACUGAAAUUGAGAUGCUAUCUCAAUUCCGUCACCGCCAUCUUGUCUCAUUGAUUGGGUAUUGUGAUGACAAGAGUGAGAUGAUUCUGAUAUAUGAAUAUAUGGAGAACGGAACCUUGAAGAGUCAUCUCUAUGGCUCAGGUUACCCCAGCUUAAGUUGGAAGCAAAGGCUUGAAGUAUGCAUUGGAUCAGCUAGAGGACUUCACUACCUUCACACUGGCUAUGCAAAAGCAGUUAUUCAUCGUGACGUGAAAUCUGCAAAUAUCUUGCUUGAUGAAAACCUCAUGGCGAAGGUUGCUGAUUUUGGGCUUUCCAAGACGGGGCCUGAAAUCGAUCAAACCCAUGUCAGUACAGCAGUGAAAGGGAGUUUUGGAUACCUUGAUCCUGAAUAUUUUAGAAGGCAACAACUGACAGAGAAAUCAGAUGUGUAUUCAUUUGGGGUGGUUUUGUUUGAGGUCCUUUGUGCAAGACCUGUUAUAGAUCCGUCCCUUCCAAGGGAAAUGGUGAACUUGGCUGAAUGGGCAAUGAAAUGGCAGAAGAAGGGGCAGUUGGAGCAAAUAAUAGAUUCUACCCUUGCAGGAAAAAUCAGACCAGAUUCUCUGAGGAAAUUUGGAGAAACCGCUGAGAAAUGCUUGGCUGACUAUGGUGUUGACCGGCCCUCCAUGGGAGAUGUGUUGUGGAAUCUAGAGUAUGCCCUUCAACUUCAAGAGGCAGAAAUUCCAGGUGAUGCUGAAGAAAAUAGUACCAAUAUGAUUGGCGAGCUAUCCCCGCAAGUCAACAACUUCAACAAUGUUGACGCAAAUGAUUCUGCUGCACAGUUUGAAGUCUCAAGUGUGGAUGAUCUUUCAGGUGUUUCUAUGAGUAGAGUAUUCUCACAGCUGGUGAAAUCUGAGGGUAGGUGAUUUUUCUGAGAGAGUUCUAUGAGUUUUAGCUUCUCUUCUGGUAACACUUCUUUUGUGGAGUUUCCUGAUGAAACUUGAUGAAGCAUUCUGAGUUAUCCUUGUGUACAGAAGGGGUGGUGGUUUGAGUGUGUUUUUUAGAUUCAUAAGGAUUUUUAUGUAACGUGUUUAUUUCUUAUUGAUAUUCCACACCAUAUGAAGCAAAAGUUCGGGGGUGGGAUGGUUUUUGUACGCUUUCCUUCACACAGCUAUCUAUCACGAGGCAUUCGUAUGAUGAGGUGAUUGUGAGAGUAAGUCGUGUACGUGUCCCACUCAGGACUUUCUCCAUAUGAAAGCUGGUAAAAGGUUUAUUUAA